CCGCCGGUGCAGCCGCCGCCGCCGCCGCUGCCCCCGUCUGUACCGCAGUGUCUGCUCCGCCCGCCCGCCCGGGUCCGGCCCGCCCCCCUCUCCCACCCCCGCCCCCGGUCCCGUCAGCGGGGUCCGGAACCUACUGUGCCGUCGCCUCUUCCUUUUUCGACGCCGCCGCCGCCGCCUGGGGAGGCGAGCUAGCCGGGAGUUACACCGCCACCGCCAGCCCCUGGCAACCACUAUUCUACUUUGUCUCUGUAAAUUUGACUACUCUAAGGACUUCACGAUGGAUAGAAUGACAGAGGAUGCUCUUCGCCUGAAUCUGUUGAAGCGGAGCUUGGACCCAGCUGAUGAGCGAGAUGAUGUCCUGGCUAAGCGACUCAAAAUGGAGGGGCAUGAGGCCAUGGAACGUCUGAAAAUGUUGGCGCUGCUCAAACGCAAGGAUUUGGCAAAUCUUGAAGUGCCACAUGAGUUACCCACCAAACAGGAUGGCAGUGGUGUCAAGGGCUAUGAAGAGAAGCUCAAUGGGAAUCUCAGGCCUCAUGGAGACAACAGGACUGCUGGAAGACCAGGCAAAGAAAACAUCAAUGAUGAGCCUGUGGAUAUGAGUGCUAGACGGAGUGAGCCAGACCGAGGAAGGCUUACUCCCUCCCCAGACAUCAUUGUUUUGUCUGAUAAUGAGGCUUCCAGUCCCCGUUCCAGCUCCCGAAUGGAAGAAAGACUCAAAGCAGCCAACCUAGAGAUGUUUAAGGGGAAAGGCAUUGAGGAACGGCAACAGCUCAUCAAGCAGCUGAGAGAUGAGCUGAGAUUGGAAGAAGCCCGACUGGUGCUGUUAAAGAAACUGAGACAGAGUCAGCUACAGAAAGAGAAUGUCGUCCAGAAGACUCCAGUUGUACAGAAUGCAGCAUCUAUUGUUCAGCCAUCUCCUGCCCAUGUGGGACAGCAAGGCCUCUCCAAGCUUCCAUCCCGGCCUGGGGCCCAAGGGGUUGAACAGAAUUUGAGGACAUUGCAGGGUCACAGUGUUAUCCGUUCAGCGACCAAUACCACCCUCCCACACAUGUUAAUGUCUCAACGUGUGAUUGCGCCAAACCCAGCCCAGCUACAGGGUCAGCGGGGCCCACCUAAGCCUGGCCUUGUACGCACCACAACACCCAAUAUGAAUCCCGCCAUCAAUUACCAGCCGCAGUCAAGUUCUUCUGUUCCCUGUCAGCGUACAACAUCCUCUGCCAUCUAUAUGAACCUUGCUUCCCAUAUUCAGCCAGGGAGCGUGAACAGGGUGUCCUCGCCACUUCCUAGUCCCAGCGCCAUGACUGAUGCUGCCAACUCACAGGCUGCAGCCAAAUUGGCUCUUCGCAAACAGCUGGAAAAGACACUCCUGGAGAUUCCACCCCCUAAACCACCUGCUCCCUUGCUUCAUUUCCUGCCUAGUGCAGCCAAUAGUGAGUUCAUCUACAUGGUAGGCUUGGAAGAAGUCGUACAGAGUGUCAUCGACAGCCAAGGGAAAAGCUGUGCCUCACUUCUGCGGGUUGAACCCUUUGUUUGUGCCCAGUGCCGCACAGAUUUCACCCCUCACUGGAAGCAAGAAAAGAAUGGUAAGAUUCUAUGUGAGCAAUGUAUGACCUCCAACCAGAAGAAGGCUCUAAAGGCAGAACACACCAACCGACUGAAAAAUGCUUUUGUUAAAGCCCUACAGCAGGAACAGGAAAUUGAACAGCGAUUACAGCAGCAGGCAGCACUCUCCCCCACUACGGCUCCAGCUGUGUCCAGUGUCAGUAAACAAGAGACCAUAAUGAGACAUCAUACGCUUCGACAGGCUCCACAGCCCCAAAGCAGUCUCCAGCGUGGUAUACCCACAUCUGCCCGUUCCAUGCUUUCCAACUUUGCACAGGCACCCCAGCUGUCUGUGCCAGGUGGCCUCCUUGGUAUGCCAGGUGUCAACAUUGCAUACUUGAACACUGGUAUUGGAGGACACAAAGCCCCCAGUCUGGCAGACCGACAGCGGGAAUACCUUUUAGACAUGAUCCCUCCCCGGUCUAUAUCGCAGUCCAUCAGUGGACAGAAAUAACGCCUGUUCCACUUGUACUGCCCCAACCUUGUAUCCUUUACUCCUCUCCUCUCCCAUUGCCCCCAACUUCCGUCGCAUGCAGUGCCUGUACUGGUGCCUACCAUACACGGAAAACAAAACAGAAAAACAGAAGACAAACAGUAGAAAUCAACAAGAAAACACACGCCCUGCCCCGCCACCUCCCCUUUAUUUCACACUGCUGCGAUCUGUUCUUCUGCCACUUUCUCUCUUCAGUUUUCUAUAACAGUGAGGUGGAUCUUUGCCUCUGAUAGAGGUCAGAAUGAGGUCCUGGGGAGAAAUCCAAGCCCUCUGACGUGUGUUUCUAAAGUUUGUUUUUAUGCUUUAAUUAUUAUUAUCAUUUCUAAUGAUGUUGUGUGUCGUCCCUUUGUUCAGUGGACGGUUAAACCUUUUUAUUUUCCCCCCAAUAUUUUUUUUUCUCUUUCCUCUCUUUUUUUUUUUGGUAAACACAAAUGAUAUUCAGUUAAGUGAUAGGAGCAUUGCAGUAGGGUCCCCAACUGCCAAGUAGGACAUGACUGGGAGUGUUAGGGGCAGAAAUUUUUAAUGCACUUAACCCCAGGGUCAGGGGGAGGUGGUGGCGUCGAACAAGGAGGAAUAGCACACCUGCUGUGGGGUGUCUCUGAGCUGCACAGUUCUGGAGGCAGUGUUGAGUAUUGAAGUUGGGCUCUAAGAAUGAGGGGAAAGAGCCUGGAAGGAGAAGCUUUAAAACUUAACCACCCUAGAAUUGACCCAUAAAGAAGGGGGAGAAAGGGGCGUGGCAAUGAGCAUAAUGUUGAGCCAAGGAGGACUGAGACCAGGUCCUGGCCUUCUGGAUGCUGCGGGAGUGCGACUGGUCUCCUGACCCCAGUGGAGACACAGAAGUCUAUUCCAGGCCAACUAGCCCCAAAUUAUAUCAUCUUCUUUUCUUUGUAAAAUUCUCCCCCAUCCCUCUCUCUUUCUUUUCUUUUCUUUUUUUAAAUCCUAAUCUGCCCUUGGUAACCACAGCCCCAUCUGUAAUAUAUAGGAGUGGCUAUUCCUAGCCUGAUUUUGCUGGGUGUCCUGGGCAUUGGAUGGACAUGAGUGAGUGAAAUGUCAAAGGGAGGAAAUAGAGGGAGAAAGAAAGAGGGGUUUCCCUCCCAACAGUUGCGACUUUCCCAUUUGUCUCUUUACCUUCUGAGCGCCAGGAGAUGAGGGUGAGGGCACCUAACAGAUUGGAGCACUGCCCUGACCCUGCUGCACUAACUGCAGAGCCAACCGCUCAAAGCCAGACAAUUCAUGUCAAAACCAAUCCUGGACUUGUGCUAUACAAGUAGUUGUCUUUUUUCUCCCCAGAAUUCUAUAAAUUUUGCUUUUUUGUUUGUUUUUACUUUUUUCUUAAGUGCUACUAAUGUAGAGAAUGAAUUGAAUUGUGCAAUGUUGCUGUUCUGGGGAUUGGGGAGAUUAGCAUCCCAUUUGCCCCUACUGUGGGGGAAGGGGGAGGGGAACAGGCUGUUUUUGAGGUAAGGGAAGCCCCUUAAAGGUAGAGGUUUCUGCUCUCCUCAUAGUGUAUGCCCACCUGCCUCUCCAGCCGUAGAAGCUGCCAGAGUUCAAGGAAGGGAUACUCUCAGCAAAGAAGUAUGAAGAGAGGAGUUUAACAUUUUACCCUUGAAAGCCACCUGGGGAAGUUCCCCCACUUUUAUUUUUUAAAUUAAAUAAUUUUUUAAAGUAAGAAGGCACUUUUAAAAUUAACACACACACAAACUGCACAUCCUCCCCAUAAAGUUUGGGGAGGGGAUGGGAGAAGGAGCUGGAAUCAGGCUCAGUUCCCCCCACACUGGCCUCUACUCCCCAUACUCCAGAGCCACUGUGGGUGACUAUACUGGCCCUACGGGCCUUCCUGGCUUUUUUUCUUUCCUCCCUUCCCCCAAAUUCAUUGAGCACUUAAUAAAGGAGCAGAGAUGCAGCCUGUGUCUGGGCUCCCCCAGUGGUGAAAUGAUCUGGAAGCUAGAGGCUAGUAACAGGUAGUGAUGGGGUCGUUUCGAGUAUUUUUCUGGGGAAUGUGGAACCCCUGACUGUAAGUGGUGGGAGUGGGAGGGGGGUUAGUGGAACUGGGUCUGGGAUUAUUUUAAAAUUAUAUAUAUAUAUAUAAAGAUAUAUUCUUACAUCUCUCCUUUGCCCUCUGUGCUUUGAAAGCACUGGAUAAAUCGUUUGGUUUUGCUUUUCCCUCUUCCACGAAAUUGGAAGCUUUUUUAAGAAUAUUUUCCCUGCAAGUCAUCUUGCCUUGUGGCAUGUCUGUCUAGCUUCUUCCCCCCCCCCACCCCCCAUGAUGAAGUGCCAUUUCUGUUAAGUCUCCCCUCCCCCAGCUCAGAGGUGCUCAGAGGUACGAGGUACCCAAGUUUGUCAAUUGAGAUUAAAAGUAAGGAACAGAGAAUGUGCAAUACCGUCUGGCUGGGGGGUGUCCCUGCCCUGAGCUGAGUCCCUUCCCUGGGAGCCAGGCCACCUUUGAAUGGGGUUUGGAAGUAAUAUGUGUCGAGAAUGGGGGAUGAUGGGGAAGGAAAGCCUGUAGUCGAGUGCCUGCCAAGGUGCUGAGGCGAUAGGGGAGAGGAUGGAGUCUUCCCUGUUUCUAUCCCCUCAGGGUCAGUUACACAGAGGCUGCUUGUUGACUAGUAUAGCUCCGUGACCCUUUGCUCAAUCGCUGAGGUUUGAUUUCUUACCCUCUCUUCUCCCCGUUUUCAUACCCUUCCCAGGGAUUAGUGACAGGGGUGAGGUUCCCCUAAUCAUGGUAAAGUAUUAGCCUUCCACCUCCUCCCUUUCCUCCCUCUCCCCCGUCCUUCUGUUUUCCUCAUUUCUCUACUUUUUCAUCACUGAUUGCCUUGUGUCCCUCCAAGUCUAUUGUUGCUGUCCAUCCCCAGGCCUUGGGCCCCAUAGACACUAAACCUCAUGCCCUAAAGAUAGGAGGAAAGACCCUCUGUUCAGAGUUAUUUUACCCCUGGAGCAUUGAAGCUCAGGGUGAUACUAGAGUGAGGAUCCCACCAGUUUUGCCUGGCUUCCUCCAUCCCUAGAGGCUUUAAAAGUAGUAGUAGUUUAUGGACAGUGGCUUACUCUCUAGAAGCCUGAUAUGGGUGGAUAAGCAGUAAGGCUUGGGUAAAACUGAGGCACAGAGGUCCUUAUUUGUCUUUUUUCUUUUUCUUUUUCUUUUUUUUUUUUUUUUGUCAUUUGACCACAGCAUCUGGACUUCUUUCAUCCCUGGAAUAAGUACUUUUUCCACAUUUUUUGGAUGUAUGUAUGGUAGACAAUUUUUUUUUUUAAGACACAGAGAUAAAUGUUUUCCUGCUUUGGUUACCUUUCCUUUCCCCUUUAAAAGGAAUUAGCUAUAGAACUGCUUUGUAAAGAUGCUUCUUGAUAUUUUACUUUUGUUCCUUUUCCCCAACCACUCCCUUUUCUCCCCACUUCUCCAGAAGGCAUAACCUUCUCUCCACACCCGACACCCCAGUCCUAGGCUCCCUUCCCCUCCCAACAAGACCUUCAUUAGCUUAUGAUAUUUGCUGCCGAGAUGUUAUAACAAGGACUCAUUCGUGUAUAUAAGCUAUUUCUUGAUCCAUUUAAAAGGAAUUGUACACUGUGUAGAAAAAAAAAAAAAACUGAAAAAGAGAAAAAAAAGCCCUAGCCAUGGAUAUUGUGAAACUGUGUUAUGUCAUUUUGUAAUGUGCCCGUUUGUGUAUGAUCCGUGCAAAAGGGUUUCUGGGGAAGGGGAGGGGGUAGG